AUUUUUUCGUAAUUUUUAUUGAUAUGGGACGAACAAAAACUGUUACCUUCAAGCAACCAGAAUCUUCUGAUUCUAAUGUCCACAGAUAUGAAAUAUAUGAGCCAGUGAAGGAAAUAAAGGAUAAAUGGAAGAUUCUUCCAUGUUAUAUGGGAAUGAGAGGAAUAGCUCGCCAACACAUAAACUCAUAUAACAAUUUUGUUCUACACGAAAUCAAGGAUAUCAUCAACGCACCCAGUAAUAAAGUAUUGAGGACUGAUUUGUACCCAAGCUUGUCAUUGGAAUUUGUUGAUAUUAAAAUUGGGAAACCUUUUUUUACUGAUCAUUCAAAGCAUGUAUUCAAGCUCACACCUCAGUUGUGUAGAAUCCGUGAUUUUACAUACAGCGCACCAAUAUUGGUUACCAUUGACUACUUUAGAGAUUACACUUUCACGCGUAAGGAAAACUUAGAGAUUGGAAGAAUCCCAGUAAUGCUCCGUAGCUGUAUAUGUUUCCUGAGUAGUGAUUCAGAAUCCAACUCAGACCAUGAUUCAUCUGGACUCCCUGAAUACAACUCCUCUAAAAAGUCAAUGAAAAACAAUUUUGAUAUUCCAGAUGGCUUAAGUAAGGAGGAUAGAGAGAGUUUCUAUAAAUCCUACAUGCUAGACGAGUGCCCCUACGACCCAGGUGGUUACUUUAUAAUAAAGGGAGUUGAGAAGGUUAUCUUGAUGCAAGAACAACUUUCUAAGAGUAGAAUAAUAGUUGAAAUGGAUGUAAAGAAGAAUAUCUGUGCAACAGUCACGUCCGCCACUGCAGAGUCAAAGAGUAGAACUGCGGUGGUUUACAAAAAUUCACAGCUGUAUUUAAGGAUUAACAGUUUUACAGAUGAUGUCCCACUGUGUAUAGUCUUAAAGGCGAUGGGAAUUGAGACAGAUCAUGAAAUAAUACAACUGAUAUCUAACAGCCCUACCACCUUUAAAAAUUCAAAUAAUUUAACAACGCCGUCCUCAAACUUACCAAACGGACUUGAUUACAUUACAUUCCUCAAUGAUUUGUACAACGAGGACAUUAAUAGUAGACUAGAUGCGCUAAUGUACAUAGGUAAGAAAAUAAGACCGAGAGUACUAGGGAAGGGCUUUUUUAGUAGCAACAAGGAUAGAGCACCGAAGAGUAAGCAAAUGAUACUCGAAGACACACACGACAUAUUAAGCAGAGUACUACUGAGUCACAUUCCAAUGAAAGAUUGUAGAGAUUUCUCAGGCAAGAUUAAGACACUGUCAUUAAUGGCACACAGAGUCCUAAAUGUAGUAAAUAACGUAGAACCUUUGGAUGACAAGGACCAUUACGGAAAUAAAAGACUGGAACUCGCCGGUCAGAUGAUCUCUAUACUUUUUGAGGAUUUUUACAAAAAAUUCUUAAGUAACAUGAAAAAAUCAAUAGAAAGCAUAUUAGUUAAAUAUUUAGAGGCAAACCCAAACCCCGCGAAAGGAGAAAAUAGUAACUUCCCUGAUAUAUUUGGUUUAAUGCCAACUGACAUUAUCACUAAUGGGAUGCAAAAUGCUAUAGCAACAGGAAAUUGGAACAUUAAAAGGUUCAGGAUGGAAAAGAGCGGAGUAUCCCAAGUCCUGUCAAGAUUAUCAUAUAUAUCAUCAAUAGGAAUGAUGACAAAAACUGAUUCACAAUUUGAAAAGGGAAGAAAAGUUAGUGGACCAAGAGCAUUACAGCCAAGUCAAUUUGGCAUUUUAUGUCCAUGUGAUACUCCAGAAGGUGAAUCGUGCGGUUUGGUAAAAAAUCUAAGUCUAAUGACACAUGUGACGUCAGAUGUACCAACACCAGUGUUAGAAACUCUUUUAUUUACCCUAGGAGUUGAGCCAAUAGACACACUAUCAAGUCAUGACAUGUUUAACCCAUGGAAAGGUACUUCAGAGAAGUGUGAUAAUCUACUUAAUGCAAGACUGGUGUUGUUAAACGGGAUAUUACUGGGGAUACAUAGGAAUGCUAAAUUCCUGGUAAAUAGUAUAAUCAAACUUAGGAGAAGAGGGCUCAUCAACAUGUUUGUAUCAGUGUAUGAAAACUCACAACAAAAUCAAGUCCACAUAUCAUCUGACGGAGGAAGACUUUGUCGUCCCUUGAUAGUGGUGCAAAACUCGGUUCCUAGAUUGACAGACGAAUUGGUUCAACAACUAGUAGAAAAUAAAAUCAAGAUGGAAUACCUUUUCAAUAAUGGAAUUCUGGAGUGGAUAGACGUGAACGAGGAGAAUAAUUUAUUAAUAGUGAUGAGGGAAAAAGAUAUAACUAACCUAACGACACACCUGGAAAUCAGCCCAAUGAGUAUACUGGGAGUUGUGGCAGGUUUGAUACCUUUCCCGAACCAUAACCAGAGCCCAAGAAACACAUACCAAUGUGCUAUGGGAAAGCAAAGUAUCGGAUCGAUAGGAUAUAACCAAUUUCAAAGAUGUGAUACCGUAGUACACCUAAUGAAUUACACACAACAACCACUGGUGACCACAAAGACAAUACAGCUUGUUAAUUUUGAUAAGCUCCCAGCAGGUCAAAAUGCAAUAGUGGCAGUAAUGAGUUACCAAGGAUAUGAAAUUGAAGAUGCAAUAAUAUUGAACAAGGCUUCAAUAGACAGAGGAUUUGCAAGAUGCUAUACCCUGAGAAGACUCACAUGUGAAAUCACGUCUGGUAACGCUACAAGUCUUAAUGGCUUCAACCCAAGUAAGUCUCAAAAUAAAGACUCAGAUUCCAAUAAUGAAUUUGUAAUUGGAGUUGGAGAACAAGUGUCGCCAGGACAGGUACUGAUAUCAACCAAGGCACCACCAACAGAUUUCACAACCAACGGAUCAAUGAAUGGAAAGGGUACAGACAAGAAUCAAAAAACAGGAAACGAUGAUAAGUAUAUAGUGAACAAAUAUAACCUGAACACUGGAGGAUGUAUUGAUAGGGUGAUUUUGACAGAAAAUUACAAUGGAAACAAGAUGUACAAGAUUAUGGUACGCCAAAGCAGACCCCCAGAAAUAGGAGACAAAUUCAGUAGCAGACAUGGGCAGAAGGGCGUGGUAGGUUUGAUAGCUGAACACGAAGAUAUGCCAUUCACAGAGUCAGGAAUAGUGCCAGACCUCAUUAUGAACCCACACGGGUUCCCUUCAAGAAUGACGGUGGGAAAGCUGCUUGAACUGGUGGCAUCCAAAUCCUCAGUGUUUUCAGGAAAUUUUGUAGACUCAACACCCUUUUCAAAUUCAUACUCUGAUAACUUGUGCAAUGACUUGAAUAAUAGUGGAUCCAAUAAAAUGAGUGACAUAUGUGAUAUCUUAAUUAAGAAUGGGUUUCACCCCAAAGGAAAGGAGAUUUUGUAUUCAGGAAUAUCUGGAAACCCAAUUAACACACUUAUAUUCAUUGGACCUAUAUACUAUCAGAGGUUGAAGCACAUGGUUACUGACAAAAUUCAUGCCAGGGGACGAGGACCAAGGCAGCCAAUAACAAGACAACCGACAGAAGGGAGGUCCAGAGAUGGAGGUUUGAGAUUGGGAGAAAUGGAAAGGGAUUGUUUAAUUGCUUAUGGAUCGUCAAAUCUUCUCGUUGAGAGGCUGAUGUUAUCAUCAGACGUUUUCAAUAUAGAGGUUUGUAGUUCAUGUGGAUUCAUGGGUUACAAUAACUUCUGCAAGUUCUGCCAAAACAACUCAUUAGCUCAAGUCUCACUACCAUAUGCCUGUAAAUUACUUUUCCAAGAACUUCAAGCGAUGAAUAUUAGGCCAUCUCUGAUAGUUAAGAAACAUUAAUGUCGUAAAUCCAA